GAUGAAGAACUUGUAUUGAUUUUUAAAUUUUUAGAUUCUUAUGCAACAGAUAUGAUAUUUAUUAGAAUAGUGCUUGAGGAUAAAAGAACAAAACAAAGAAGGCUUCGAAGAAAGUUGCAAGAAAUUCCUAAAGGUAUAACUGUAACUACUGAUAUAUGGAUGAAUGAUACUGGCAACAAUAUGAAAGGUUCACACAUAGGUGCCACAAUUUUAAAUGCAAUGAAAAUGUGUUUUCAUGAAAAAGGAAUUAUCUCAAAGUUAGUUGCAAUUACGCAUGACAAUGCAUUGUCUAAUAAUAGAUUUUUGCAAGAUUUUGCAUAUUCUUUGUCACAAAUUGGUAUCGAGUUUGAUAAUAAAAUAAAACUUGUAGUUGAAGUUUUAAAACCAUUUAAAGAUGUAACAACUAUUAUAUCGAUAUCCGAAUAUCUAACAUUAUCAAUAGUUGUUUUCCUUUAUCAUAUGUUGCUUGAAACAUUUGGUAAAACUCAAGGAAAAAGUAAUACACCACAAUGGCUUAUACAAGGAUGUCAAGCUGCAACUGCUAAACUUCUAGAGUAUUGUCAAAAGAUAAAUAUAUGGUAUAUUUCAGCAAUAGUGAUAGAUCCAUAG